AUGCCUCCAUUUACUCCAGAUGCGCGUAAUUUAGGUGGUAGGAACUUAAUAUCAUAAUAAAUAUGGAAUCAUUUGUAAUAGCUUAAAGAAAUAUCAUAAUAAGUUCCUUAACUUUUAAUUUCUCCACUCAAAAUUCCAAAUUCCCCUAAAUAAAGUAUAGAACUACUAAAAUGCAAAAUAAUAAAUCGGAAACAAGAUUAUCUACUCUGUCCAACUUACUUAUUAAGACGGAAAACGAUUUCUGAAAGUUUCACAUCAUUUAGUUCAAAACAAAUUUAAGAUGAAACCUAAUUACUUUUUCAAGAACCUUUAUUAAGAAGAUAGAAGAAUAUGAAAUCAUCUUAAAAGAUCUUUCCAUUCAGUACAAUUUAAUUAGGAGCACUAUAUAGAAUUAAAGCUAAGGAUAUUAAAAUUAAUAAAGAUGAUGAUCUUAUGUAAUGAAUUAUAUUUGAACUUAUUAGAUAAUGGAAGUAAAUAGAAUAAGUAGUUAUGGAAUUGAAUAACAACUUUGAUUAAAUGUUAAUUCAUAUUUAAUCAAUUAUUUUGGAUUUUGGAAUUGUUAGUACUUAACAUUAUUAGAUGCUUAUUCAAAUGAUCUUGCGUCUUAAACCUUAAAUUCCAAAAAUGGACUUACUAAAUAUAUUUAAUGAAUUGAUUAUUAAGUAAUAAUUAUAACUGUCUUGA